AUGCGCGUCAACCCAGCCACCGCCCUUGUGGCAUCCCUUGCCUUCGGGCCUGCCAGCGCGAUCAACAUUAUCUCAUCCAAUGACGACGGCUGGGCCGAGGUUAACAUUCGCACCCUUUUCCAGACACUGACAGAUGGAGGCCAUUCAGUUGUCGUCUCGGCGCCUGCCGAAGACGAGAGUGGAACUGGUCAGUUACAUGCCUCACCUGCUCCUCAUUUACUACACCCUACUGAUCGUACGCGUGAUCGCUGCAGGCUCAUCUCAAAAGACCCCGACUGCCCUCACUGA